AACACUCCUAGCGUCGCAGGAGAGUUCUGCCUCGCUGCUAAAACUAUGUUUACGAAGACAAAAUGGAUAAAUAUCGCAGUUUUUCGAUAUAGUUUGUGCUCUUAGCUCUUAUUAUUAUUAUUUUUUUAAUGGAGUAUGGCUUCGUCGACUGUCACUGUCAUAUAUCAGCCAGUGAGUUUGAAGAGGAUCUGGAGGAUGUGAUCCAGAGGACCACUCAGGCCGGGGUAAGGACUCUGGUUGCAGUUACAGAAGAAGUCAGGGAGUUUGACAGAGUUCUCCAGCUGCAGGAAAGUUAUCCAGAUCUGGUGGCUCCAUGUUUCGGCCUUCAUCCACUGCAGGGUGGCGGGGGCCCCGAGCAGCGCAGUGUGAGGCCUCAGGACCUGGAUGCUGCCCUGCUGCAGUUCUACAAACACAAAGAACGCAUCGUCGCUAUCGGAGAGAUUGGCUUAGACUUCACGCCAUGGUGUGCUCCCACUCAGGAAGACAGAGACGACCAGAUGAAGGUCUUCAUUAAACAGCUCAACAUUGCCAAGGAGCUGGACCUACCUGUAAACGUCCACUCACGAUCAGCUGCUAAGGUCACCAUAGCAACCAUGAGAGAGCAAGCUGUCAGUCGAGCUCUGCUUCAUAACUUUGCGGGGAAGCCGUGGGUAGCUCUGGAAGGUGUGAAGGCGGGUUUCCUCUUCUCCUUCCCACCUGCUGUCUGCAGGAACCACCAGAGAGACAAACUGAUCAAGCAGAUCCCACUGGAACACAUCUGUCUCGAAACUGACUCUCCUGCGCUGGGGCUCGACAAGCAUGUGAGAAACGAGCCCUGCAACAUCACUCUGUCCUGCCAGUACAUCGCUGAUAUCAAAGGUCUGUCACCAGAAACUGUUCAGCUCGUCACUGCGCAAAAUGCACACAGACUUUUCCCCAAGGCGCUAAUGCAUGGACAGGUUUCUGAAAAGCAAAGUUUGAGCUGAAGGUGGCGCCAGAGGCAACUUUAAUUAGAAAAGAUUCAUGCUCUGUUUGGAUAGGUUAGCAUUGUAUCACUAUAGGCAGUUGGACUCAGCGGCGUCCUGAGCUUAAUGCUAACUUUAGCAUGCUAACAAUUAGUUUUAGCACUCAUUUACAAUGUUGCUAAUGAUAGCAUGUUAGCAUACCAUAUUAGCAUUUAGCUUAAUGUACAGCAGGGCCUGACAGGGAUUUAGUCAUUAGUUUUUGAGGUAUUUCAUGAAACAAACUGUUGCACAUAAUGGACGUUUGACCUGCUAGGGGAUCAAAGUAAAACAAUAAUAUUAAUAAUAAUAAGUCAUCAGUAAUUCAUCCUGAUUAAGGAUGGUUGCUACUCUAAUACAGGUUGAGAUAUUUCACUCUGGACCAGUUUUCUGGACUAACAGACAGACAUUAAAUCAAGUUUCAUACAGGCUGUUUUUUUUUAAAGACAGGUGGAAACAAACACACUUGUCAUCAAACAUGAGUUAUACGAAUACUACACCUGAUUAUAUUAUUGUAUUAUGGUGUAUUGUGUUAGAAGAAAUAAAACACUGGAAGUCAAUGUAAGGUCCCAUUUAUACUUGUUGUAUUAGUGUGUGAGGUCUCGUCAGGCUGUAUCCGUCUACACCAGGUGUGAUUCAUCUGAAAGAGAAGAAAAGAGACAUUACAGAAAGUUCAAAUAGUUUUGUUGUUUAACAUUUCUGUGAGAUUAAUAUAACAUAAACCACCCUGACCAAAAUAAUCAGAAAUAAUUUCAUUCUGUUGAGUGAAAACAAAAGUCACCCCGCAGGGCAUGGUCAGGCUGACUGCUUAUACAUUUGGCUUUAUGAACUAUGCUUCUUCCAUAAUGAACUCUUUAAGCUGGACUCCAGUAAUCUUGGAGCAGACCUUGAUAAUGCUGUUGAGACUGUUUUUAUCUUUCACUGACAGCCCAUUGAACCAACAUACAAAUGAAAAUGUUUCUAUAAAAGAAUGAUAAAAGUUACUUAAAAUAACUUUAAAAACACAACAAGAGUUGAGCAUCAUCAGCAAAUGGAUUCUUUGUUGUCCUCUCUUAACGAUUGAUUCAGUAUUUGCGUCAAAUUUAAGCUGAUUGUCAAAAAAAUGAUGGCUUGGGACAUGUGACCAUUUCAAGUUUAGUAAUAAAUCUUCCAUCUUCCAUUAUUAUUGACUUACACUAAGCUGCAUACAGGAGCUGUUUUAAAACAGCUGAAUUCUUAAUGUCCUUGUAACGUUCUGGUUCAAGAAAAGGAAUUUGUUAUAGUCCAGCUCGCCUACAGGGUGAGGGUACUAAUGAUUUACGUUUUACAGAAACUAACUUUCAAAACUCAUUUUUUCUGAACUAAUUAAAAAAAUACAUCAUUCUACAAAGAAGCAUAAAUAUCACAGCAUGGCUUUGAGUUCUGUCAUGAAAAAUGCCUGAAAUCAUGGGUGGAUUAUGAGACAAUGGGCCGCCGGGUACAAAUAUGCAAAAGGACCCACCACCUCUCCUACACAGAAGCAAGCCACACAGAUUUGUGUCUCUUGAAGGUGUAUUUGUAUCUUGUUGGUCAUUUAAUGUCUCUUUGUAGUUCCUUUGCAUCUGGUUGUGGUUGUUUUGUGUCUCUUUGAAGUACAUUUGGGUCUCUUUGAAGUCAAGGUGUGAAUCUUUGAGGUCAUUUAGUGUCUCUCUAGGGUAUAUUUGUUGUAUUUUGUUUGCUUUGUGUCUCUUUGUUGUUCCUUUGUAUCUGUUUGCCAACUUUUUUGCCCUUUGAAGUCAUUUUGUUCUUAAAAGGUUGUUGUUUUGUG